UAUGCGUUAGAGCACGUUUUGUUUCAUUUUUUUUCUGUGCCAUUUUUUAAGGUCUCUGAUAAAGGGUCAUCUGAAAAGCCUGGGAAUAGAGUUAGUGUUCGUACGUAGUAAGAAUGGAGGACGCAGAUGUGUCUAAGCAGAUUCAGCAGAUGGUGAUGUUCAUCCGUCAAGAGGCCGAGGAGAAAGCUAACGAGAUCUCUGUCUCUGCCGAGGAGGAGUUUAACAUUGAGAAAUUACAACUGGUUGAAGCUGAAAAGAAAAAGAUUAGACAAGAGUAUGAGCGGAAGUCGAAGCAGGUUGAGAUACGUAAGAAAAUUGAAUACUCAAUGCAGCUGAAUGCAUCACGAAUAAAAUUUCUUCAAGCACAAGAUGAUGUGGUGAAUUCCAUGAAAGAAUCUGCUUGCAAGGAAAUUCUGAGUGUUUCCCAGGACAAGAGCACAUACAAGAAGCUUCUUAAAGACUUGAUUGUUCAGAGCUUACUAAGGCUGCAGGAGCCAACAGUAUUGCUGAGAUGCAGAGAGGUUGACCGUAGGCUUGUUGAGUCUGUUUUGGAUGAAGCAAAACGAGAGUAUGCCGACAAAGCCAAAGUACAUGCCCCUAAAGUUACCGUUGACAAAGUGUUCCUCCCACCACCUCCAAGUACAGCUGAUUCCCAUGAAACCUCUUGCUCGGGUGGAGUGGUCUUGGCUUCACAAGAUGGGAAGAUAGUCUGUGAGAACACCCUUGAUGCACGGUUGGAUGUUAUUUUCAAACAGAAACUGCCUGAGAUCCGAAAGCGCCUUCUAGGAUAAGUAUCAGAUACUUAUCCUUCCCGUUGCACCAGUUUUUGCUAAGGACGGGCAUGCAUGUUUCCAAGUGGGUGCCUAGUCUCCUGCAGAGUCAAUUGUUUACCUCUGGAAAUAAGUAAUGUUUUACUGUGGUUUGUUCUCUAUUAAAUUGAAAAGAGUAAUAGUUUUCAUCUUCAUUUAAAAUUCUUACUUUCUUUUACAUGUACAUGCUGUUGGCAUUUAACAAGAAUGAUGUUUUAGGAAUUAAAAUAAUCCUGUUGGUGUACAAAAACAAUCAAGAGUUUAAACCCUUAAGCAUUCUGCAAAUGCUUAACAUUAUGAAAACUCUUCCAAUAAAAUAGCAUUACUGUGAAGGGAUAUCUCUCUAAAUCAAAUGUGAGAAUACUUUUCCCAACAAUUCUUGUAGUAAUAGUUACAGGC